AUGGCGCCAAUCAGCAGUACCUUGGUCGCUGUCGCUGCAUUGAGCAGCCAAGCGUUGGCAGCCAACUACUACGUGGACUGUUCGCAGUCAUCUGCCGGGUCUGGAACCCAGAGCAGUCCAUGGAACAGCGUCGCGCAGGUGAACUCGCCAACGUUCGCGGCGGGUGACGUGAUUUCGAUCAAGGCCGGUACAACUUGUAAGGGGACGCUGUCGCCCAAAGGAAGUGGCACUGCAUCGUCCUCGAUCAAGCUGACCAGCUACGGCUCUGGAAGCAAUCCCAUAAUCGACGGCAAUGGCGCAACUGCAGCAAUCACGCUGGCCAACCAAGACUAUUGGAGCAUUUCCAAGCUGUCCGUCACCAAUGCAGCCUCCGCUCUGGCGGCCAGGCAAGGCAUUCAUGCCACUUCCAGCGAUGGGAGGACACACAAGGGGAUCACCAUCGACGGCAAUACUGUCUACAAUGUUGCGGGCCAGACCGACAAGGCCAAACACUCUGCGGAUUUCGUCCUCUCUGCUGGUAUCCUCGUGGAUGUGGCCAACAAGGGCAGUCGCUACGAUGACGUACUGGUCCAAAACAAUAACGUCCAUGACUGUGGAGGCGGCGGCAUCAAGGUGAGAGUGGGCGAGAUGACGAAUUUGGGCCAGAAGCCCCAUGUCACCAAAAACAACAUUGAUGCCUGCGGCGGCGACGGGAUCCUCAUCUCCUUCGGCAACGAGCCUCUCAUUGACUAUAACAUCGCUAGCAACCUCGGGACCGGAGCCUACCCUUGGACUGGUGGUAACUUUGCUGGCAUGUGGGUUCUAGGCGACCAUAACCCCGUCAUUUCGCACAAUGUCGUCUAUGGAAGCAUCAUGUCCGACUUCGAUAGCGAGGCUUUUGACUGCGACUGGGGCAACACAGGCAACUGCACUAUUGAGUAUAACUUCAGCCGCAACAAUGCCGGCGGUGCUUUCCUGAACUGCGACGGCUGCGGAACGUCUGGCGGCGCCAACCAGAUCGUGCGGUAUAAUAUUUUCGAGAAUGACUGCCGCAUGAUCAGCAACGGCAACAAGCCCACGCUCUACUUUUACCAGAACGUCAUGUAUUGCGCGGGUAAGAACUUUGAGAUCCAAGUUCCCCCCACGACACACUUCACAAACAACAUUUUUGUCGGUAACAACAACUCCUCGCUGCCCGCUCGCAGCGGGAUUAGCUGGGAGUGGAAUGUCUUCCAGGAUGUCAGUCGUCCAACCAACAACGGGAUCGCCGGUGACCCCGUUUUCGUCGACCCAGGAAAGGGAGGCAAGACUCUGGACUCGGUGGACGGCUACCAGCUCAAGAAGUCAUCGCCGGCCCUGCACAACGGUGCUGUAAUUGCCGACAAUGGCGGAAGGGACUAUUACGGAAACCCCGUCUCGGCUACGGAGAAGCCAAAUCGCGGUGCCUAUGAGGGGUCAGGCAUUUAA